GGGGGGAAGACUAACAGUUUGUCCAAAGACUCCUGCUUUACAAUGCGACACAGCUCAAACAGGUGGCAGAGUUUCCAGCAGCAGCAGCAGUGCGCUAAAGUCCCUGAAAUGCACAGCUCCUCUACAAAUUCACUGCCACACUAACGAGAGUUGGAGAGCAAAUCCAGCCCAGGAAGGCAGGCUGAGCUGACAGAGGAGCACCGCAGGCCGCUCUGAAUGUGAGGUGGAAACCCGAGGCAGGAAGAGAUGCGGAGAAAUCGAAGAAAAGGAGGCAACAAAGAGAAGGUGUUUGGAUGUGAUCUGCUGGAGCAUCUCACCACCUCCAAUCAGGAGAUUCCCCUGGUGCUACGAUCCUGCAGCGAGUUUGUGGAGCAACAUGGGAUCGUGGAUGGAAUCUACCGCUUGUCUGGAGUGUCGUCCAACAUCCAGAAACUACGGGGCGAGUUUGAGAGCGACGGGUCUCCAGAUCUGAACAAAGAUGUGUACCUGCAGGACAUCCACUGCGUCAGCUCUCUAUGCAAAGCUUAUUUCAGAGAGCUGCCCAACCCUCUGCUCACAUACCAGCUGUAUGACAAGUUUGCUGAGGCAGUGGCCAUCCAGCUGGAGGAGGAGAGGCUGGUAAAGAUCAGGGAUGUGCUGAAGGAACUGCCAGAUCCUCAUUACAGGACUCUGGAGUUUCUGAUGCGUCACCUGGUCAAGAUGGCUUCCUAUUCCUCAGAGACCAACAUGCACGCUCGCAACCUGGCCAUCGUCUGGGCCCCCAACCUGCUCAGGUCCAAGGACAUCGAGGCGUCUGGAUUCAACGGUACCGCAGCCUUCAUGGAGGUCCGGGUCCAGUCCAUCGUGGUGGAGUUCGUCCUCACACACGUCCCUCAGCUGUUUCCUCUCGAAGGCGCACCUACAGAGAGGAGGAAGUCCCUCCCCUCGCCGUCGGCGCUGCCCAAUCCGGACCUUGUGUUCUUCAGGUCGACGGGUUCUCAGCCUAACUUUGGGAACAUUAGUCCAGGCGAUGGCCCCCUCCCCAUUAGACCCUACCACGCAAUCAUUGAAGGCACAGACAAGAGGAAAGGAUCGCUCAAAGGCAGGAAGUGGAUGUCCAUUUUCAACAUUGGAGGACGAUUCCCAGACCCGCGACGGAAACACAAACACUCUGCCAAGGAAAAAGACAGAACAUCUUUAAGACCUGCAAGGAGCAUGGACUCCCUCAGCACACCGUCCUACCCAAAUGAAGGUUCCAGGCGGUCUGGGCAGCAUCCUCCAUCCACCAACUUGUCCCCUGCUGUCGCCAGCCUGCCUCAACCUGGCUCAGAAUCCGCAGCACCUGCCUGCGGGUUAGGUAGCAGAGAGUACGCCGUGACCUACCGCAGAGGAACGGGCUUAGUGAGCGGAGGAGCCGGCACCCAGGGGACCUACACGGCUCUGGACCCCGAGGGUUUAGCGCUACCAGGCAGCGAGGGCGUCCAGACCAGAUCUCCAGGACUCUCCAACAAAGCCAGACGAGCGGCUAUGCACAUCACCGGCCCCACCAUGGUCACUGUGCCGCUACAUAUCACCUCUAACCUGGCGUUGGGGGUUCUUCAAGGAGGAGGCAGUGACAGGGUCAUCAUCCGGGGAAGAGAAAAAGACGGAGGGGACAAGCAGGACGGCAAGGAGCCAGGGACAAAGAUUGAGAUCAAGCAGCCAAAAUUGAUGGAGUGGAACGUGGAAGAGAGCAAAAAUGUUGAAGAAAAGGACAAGAGUGAAAAUGAAAAAGAAGAUUUGGACACAGAGGGAUGUAAAGGGGCACCAGAAGUCUCUGAGGAGGAGAGGAAUGAAAGAGGAGAAGAGAAAAAAGAUGAGGAGCUAAGAAAAGAUUGUGGACACAAGGAGACGGGAGACCAACAUGUACCAAGAGAAAAACAAGUGAAAAGCCGCAACUCCAGCACAAAGGAAGAUAAUCACGAAAACAUGGGAGAUGAAGACCAAGGCAGCGAAUACAUGGAAAUGAAGGGAUCAGAUCUGAAGAUUCAGCAGGCGGCUGCAGCCUCGCAGCACGAAGACGACAGUGUUUCUGAUUCUGAUGAUUUUCUAAACUCAACUGAAGCCGAGGAAGACGACCACAAGCUGUCGGGCUACAUCCAGGACAACUUUGAAUUCCUGGACCAGAUGGACUGCAGCACCAUGGACCACAUGGACUGCAGUGUGUCCUAUCAGGUUAAUGAGUUCUCUGUCGAGCCUCCUGGUCACUCUGAUGAUGAGUAUGAAAUCAUGGCUCAAGCUGAGGGACCAACGCUGAUUGUGACCGAGGCGAAUCCACACAGACCGCUCAGCCUCGACCUGAACAGUCGACACACUAAAUCCCUCAGCUUGCCCUACAUGAUGUCACCCAUAGACGGACCGGAGGAACACUUUUCUUCUGACGAUGUUUCAGAAGACGAAGGCGAUGAGGACGAUUACAGCAGUGACGAAGAUGAGAGCAUGUUUGUUAAGAGCCUGCCACCGGACUUCUUCUUGAGCAGUCUGUCUGGGCUUGAAUCAGACCACCAGGACUGUCCCAGCCCUGACAGACAGCUGGUUCAGGAGCUGCAAAGGUCUGAAGGAGAAAGCUGCGAACCGUUGGAGGUUGAACUUUCUGUUUGCAAAGAAGCAACUGAGCAUGCGCAGGAAAACGCUGGAAACGAUGAAGAAAAGCAAGAGACAAAAAUGGAGGAAGAGGAUAAAUCUUGUCAUGGAGAAGAUCAGCUUGAAAAGGACACACACAGGACAACAGAUGAAACUCCAAGCGCUGCAGAAGACGAUGAAAGUGAAAAAUGUCUAACUUCAGAAGCAUCAACAAGCUGCAGUGAGGAGCUUCAGGAAACCGACAGUCUGACUGGAGCAAAAGCUGAGGAUGGGGAAGAGGCUCUGGAUGAGCCUGGAGAUGAUUCUCUUUUGACAACAAGAGAUAAUACGUCAAUGUCAAAAGACAUGGAAGAACAAGUCAGUGAGGAGGACAAUGCAAACAGCAGGACAAAUAGUGACAUUUGGAGUGAGAUUGAGGAUGUUGUUUGUGAGGUGAUUGAGGAUGAGGAGAGUGUGCAGUCUGUGAGGGAAGCUUCUCCAGAGGCAGAUGUCGAAGAAGAUGGAGAAGUGGAGGAGGAAGACUUGAUGAACAAGACAGAAACGUUAUCACUGGAGCCAAAUGUAGAGAAACCUUCAGAAGAAGAGAGAAAUGAGUUAAAUCAAGAAGCUCAGCAUCAAAACAUAGAAGAUCCGGUUUCCGAAGAAACAGAAAAGGAGAAGGAAGACGCAGACAGAGCAGAAAGCAGAACACAGCCGAGCGCCGAUAAACAGCCAGUGAUCUUAUCUAAUAUUAGGGACUCAAAGGAAGGAAGUAAUCCUGCAAACGGCAGUGGCAGCCCAGGAGGCGUUGGGAGGAAGCUGGUCGUCUCCAAGCAGCCUAAGGUUUACCAGGUCAAAGCGGUGCCUGUCGUUCCCCCGAAGCCUCAGCACUGCAAAAUCACCGCGCUGACCCUCCGUCAACAGCAGCAAGAAAGAGAGAGGAGAGACAACGCUCUGAAGGAGCGGGAUGGAGACGGGGACGGCGAGACCGCCGAGAAAAAGGACAGGCCGUCGAUGCUCAGAGAGAAGAGGAGGGACGGCCUGGACGCGGCGGUGAGGGACACGAAGAGGAACAGCCCGCUCAGCAUGUGCUUCGACGAGGCGGUGGCCAUCGCAACGCUGAGGCGGGAGAAAGAGCGAGGAAGAGAAGGAGAGGCUGACCCAGAGGGAUUGGGAAAGUGAAGGACAGUAGCUGGGUCUCCAUUACAAAUGUGUGCAAAACUUUGUCGACAUUCCACUUGUGUGGGAAGAAACAAAAUUUCACAAUUGCGACGUUUUCAUUAAAUAAGAAAUGCAAUCAAAAUCACGUGAAUACGUUUGUUCACGCAAUAAGUCCUUAAAAGCCACAGCAGUUACGUGAUGUAAACAGUUACUUGAGAUUAUAUUCAUAACUCAGCCACUAGUGCUCAUUGCCUUCACAGGAGACGUCAGCGUCUUAUUCAGGCCUUGGAGCGACAAGUUCCUUAUAUUUGGCAACGGCUACGCAUGCAGCGUUUUGGGGAAAUUGUAGUUGCAGAUUUUAGCUACAGAUUCAAUAUGCCUGAAUGACAAACUCAUCUUUUUAUAAACUGUGACAGCUCUGUUCGAGCCAGCUGGACAUUGUCAGAAAAAAACAAACCUUUAUCUUCCUAUCCCUUCCUGUCAUCUUCUUUGGUGUUUCCGAUAGUAGUAAGAUCCAGCUGUCGAUCACAUGAUCCCUGUGAUACAAAAUGUUUUAUUCCAUGGCAGUUUUUUGAAAUGCAUCCAUUUUGGUAUGACUGAAAAACCACCUCAUCCUAGCGCAAAAAUGUGAGAUUUUUCAAGAUUGCUGUGUUUCCAUGAACUGGAUUUUAAAAAUUAAAAUUUGCCCAAAUUUACUGUCAAUGGAAACACAGCUAGUGAAGGAGAUGCUUCAGAUUCAGCCCACAAUGUUCACCAGGCUCUCUGCCCAGGCAAAAGUAAAACUUUAUCAUUGUUUUAUUUUGUGAUUGCUGACAUAUUGUUAAUAUUAACAAUAUAUUAGCAAUAUAUUGUUAAUAUUGCUGAUAACAAUAUUAACAAUGCCAUCAUUGUUAAUAUUUAGUUUUAUUGGUUUACAGGCAUCGUAGUAGCUUUGUUGUCCUUAUUAAAAGAAAAACAUUUUACAAAGUCACACACCACCCUCCGCAGUUAUUGGCCCCCAUGGUAAAGAUGCAUAAAAAGCUACCACCAUAUGUUUUAGUGGUAAAAUGUCACCAAAAUAUUUGACUCAACUCAUUUUUCAGUGGAAAAAUGCACCUAAACAUCUGUAUAAUCUGUAAUUAUUGGCACCCGGGGAGCCUUAGUGACCCUAGUAUGCCACUUUGUGGAGACUUUAUUCAUCCUCCAUCACCAGCCUCCUCACUGGAAAGAUAAAUGUGGGUUCCAGCUGUUUUACACUUUUUAAUUAUUGCUCUGCCCCUAUGGGCAAGUUGCAACGAGAAGCUACUUAUUUUCUCAUUUGUAUAUCAGCUUCCCUAACUUUAAUGAUAUAUUUCCUUCUCUUUCCCGUUUUGAAAAACAGCUAAGAGAAAUCGGCCUCUGUGUCACGUUACACUUCCACCCCAGAACUAGGAACAACUUAAAAAUAUAGAGAAUAAAAAAUAAAAUGAAAUAGUUCAGCUUCAUUUAGGUCACAAUAAUUGUGAAGGGAGGCAUAACUAUGUUGAGGAGAUCAUUAUAAUUUAAUCCCAGGCCUUAAUAAUUCCGCCUGGAAUUAUUCUAAAUAAAACAUGAAAAAAAAUGCAAACAUUGAGGUGGAACGAAGUAUUUAGUGCUGCUCCAACAUCACACAUUAUACAGAUAAACAGCCUCUAAUGUGUGAUGGUUGUGUAAAAAAAACCAAAAAACAUUUCACUUUGUUUACCUGCAUUUUGAUUCUCAAGAUUUGAAGAUUAGUUUUGAAAGUGGCUCCAUAGCACUUACUGUUUGCACUUAUCUUCGGGUCAGUUAUUUCUAUGCAAAGUUUAUGUACAUAAAUAGUUUAUCUGAAAUUGAUUGACAUGUCUGGUUUGAGGCAUUUGAAUAAAGAGCAUUGCGAAUUAA